ACAAGCUUCAAAGUUACCAUAAUGUAACUUUUAACGUUUUUGAUGUAGCCUCUGUGAUGUAUGUUGGGGGGUCGAGAUGGCCGCUCAGGCUGAAAUUCCACCGGAGCAGCUAGCUAACAUCGUCCUAAAAAGCAAAUGCCCUUUCCAGGCCCUAGGAGUUUAUCCAAAUAGCAGCCUUCCUGACGUGAAAGGGGCUUAUCGGCGCCUAUGCCUUAUUUUUCACCCAGACAAGUCUACCCUUCCGCACCAGCUAGCCUCAGAGGUCUUCCAAGCCCUACACGGCGCUUACAGCGCCGCAACUCAGAAACUUCAACCUGCUCAGCGGCAGUCUGGCCCAAAGGACAUCUGGUCGGCGUUCUAUUCCGCUCCUGACGCACCCAACGAACCAGCGCACCAGGCUCCGCCCCCAGCCCCAGCAGCGGCACCAGUCCGGCCAGCCCAAGCCUUUCGGCAGGGCGGCGCAUGGGGCUCCUCCCGGAGUUGUACGGCGUCUGCCUGGGGCCGCCCUGCCGUACCGCCUGGGCCCGCGGUCUCACAUACAGUCCCGGCUGGCAGCGCGGAAGCCCCAGCGCAGAAGGGAGGUCGGAGCAGCGCAGCCCUCAAGGGACCUCAACCCGGCGUGCAGGCUCCGCCUCCGCCCCGACGCGCUCGUGAGGUAGUAGCCCGCGCGGAGGCC